AGCUGGUUGAAUUCAGUGGCCGUCCUUUGAGGAGCAAUGUGUUAAUCUAAGAAAAAUGUUGCUGUGCUUUAAAGUUUUAAGAUUUGACCCACCCAGGCUGCACAAGUUCAUUGACAGGGAGGUGCAUGUGUCAAGUGCAGGAUCGUCUUGGCUCUUAAUAGGAUUGUGUCAGGCUGGACAAACAAGUCAUUUAUCCAUGACGAACAGAGGAGCUGUACAUGUCGUAGGUGUGACCCGGGGACUGUGGCUGCUCCCUCACCUACAUUGCUGGAGUCAGUAGAGGGAGUGGCUGUCAUUGUGCAAAUUCCUCUCUCCCAGCCUCUAUUGCCAAUGCUUGCCUCAUAAGUUUGCUCAACUUGUGAAAUGCUCUGCUUGCCUGUCUAGGUGUCAGAGUGAGGAGGACAUGACCCAGCUGAGUGUCCGUCGCUGGACCACCAAACAUGUCGCCAGGUGGCUGAAGGAGGAGGGUUUUUGUGACUAUGUCGACCUGCUUUGCAACAAGCACCGCCUGGACGGCACCAGCCUGCUGGCCCUCAGUGAGUAUGACCUCCGCUCGCCGCCGCUGGAGCUCAAGGUGCUGGGGGACAUCAAGCGGCUGAUGGUGUCCAUCCGGAAACUCCAGAAGCAGAACCUCGACGUGCUGGAGGAGCUGGGUCUUCCCUUCGACGGCCACUCUCCUACAGGCUCGGGAGGUAGUUUGGACUGGCUGUGUAAUGGAGACUCAGGCAGAGACUGUGACAACACUGACACGGCCCCGGUCGGAGAGGAGUACCACCAGUACACUAAUGGGAAGUACAAGCAGCAGACGCGGCGCCUGGAUCCAGAGUACUGGAAGACCGUCCUCAGUUCGGUCUAUGUGGUGUUCGUGUUCGGGUUCACAUCCUUCGUCAUGGUCAUCGUGCACGAGAGGGUGCCUGACAUGCGCACGUACCCACCACUGCCAGAUAUUUUCCUCGACAGUGUGCCUAGAAUACCAUGGGCCUUUGCCAUGGCCGAGGCGUGUGGAGUAAUCCUCUGCAAUAUCUGGCUGCUGGUUCUGCUGCUGCAUAAACACAGGUCGAUCCUGUUGCGGCGCCUGUGCAGCCUCAUGGGGACGGUGUUCAUGCUGCGCUGCAUAACCAUGUUUGUCACCUCGCUGUCUGUGCCCGGACAGCACCUGCAGUGUUCAGGAAAGAUAUACGGUGAUAUGUGGGCCAAACUGCAGCGAGCGGUGGCCAUCUGGAGUGGCUUUGGCAUGACCCUGACAGGUGUCCAUACAUGUGGUGACUACAUGUUCAGCGGUCACACUGUGGUCCUCACCAUGCUCAACUUCUUUGUCACAGAGUACACGCCAAGGAGCUGGAACUUCAUUCACACUCUGUCGUGGGUCCUGAACCUUUUCGGCAUCUUCUUCAUCCUGGCUGCCCAUGAACACUACUCAAUUGACGUCUUCAUAGCGUUCUACAUCACCACCAGACUCUUCCUCUACUACCACACUCUAGCCAACACCCGGGCCUACCAGCAGAGCCGGCGAGCUCGCAUUUGGUUCCCCAUGUUCUCCUUCUUUGAGUGCAACGUCAACGGGCCCGUGCCCAACGAGUACUGCUGGCCCUUCUCCAGGCCCACCGUGCUGAGGAGGCUCAUCGGCUAGGGCACGGCAGCCGCAGCACUUCCAGACACUGCUUAGCCCGAGCUGUUUUGUCUGCUGUGUCAAGUUGCCAACCGUGGUGGUGUGUGAUAUCUCCAUUGACGUUAACUCCAGAGUAUUGAAGGCGGCUUACGUGAUCCUAUCAGUGCCAUGGUCUGACAGGGUGCACGGCGCCGUAGCUCCUCAUAUUCUGGGACUUAGCUUUUUUUGCGUGCUUCCCCUGUCACCAUUUGCAGGGGGAUUAAGCAAAAUCUGCAAGCCCUCCAGAGUUUGUUAAUAGCCCUAUCAGCUCCCUCUGCUUCACUUGAAAAGUGAACGCAGGGGGACGUGUCACGUUUUGUUGGUGGCCCAUUUUCGCCUCAAAAAGGAAAAUGUUUUUUUUUUUUUUUUUGCAGCGUGCGUCGCAUUCUUCAGUACCUCCCAACACGCAGAAGUAUCCGGACAGCACAUGUCAGUGGUGAAGGGAAACCACUGCGAGGAAAUUCUCAGGCACCGCGUUACCAAAUCACAUUUGGUAUAUUUCCAUUUUUGUGUGAUUAAAAUAUCUGAUAAUGUCAACAUUUGGAUCAGGAUAUACAAAUUAAAAUUUUGUCUUAAUUUUCCCUUUAUGAUUUAUCCAAACAAAUAUCUGUGGACCACUACAAAAGCAAUAUUUGAAGGAUUUACAUAACACUGUUGCUCAUUUCUGUGUAGCAAUAUAUAGUUUAUCAUGUUGUGCAACAGAUGUUACUCGUUUGCCAUCACUUUACAGUAUUGCAAAGUCUUCUGCAUUCCUUGAGAUCGCCCUGUGCUUUUUGACAGUGUUACUAAUUGCUUAAUAAGUAAUUCAUAGUUCAUUGUAAGAUAAAACUACAGCCGCCCUCAAUUUAUUUGUUUGUAUCGCUCAGUUAUCCUGUCUUCUUCUUACCAGACCUCGCGAAGAAUAUGGUCGAGAAAAAGUCUGAAGCAGCCAAAAAUAGGGAAUGAGAAAUGUUUUUCAGAUGUCUUAAAUACUCCAUUUGCCAAUUACCUUCUGUGUUACAACAACUUUUGUCUGUAUAAAAAAAAAAAAAAAAAAAUGUCCAUCACCUCUCAUGGUUAGUAUGGAGCAGUUGUAUAGUUUUUCAUCAUCAUGACGUGGUGGGAAUAACGAGACUUAAGUCCAACCGGAAGCGAUCAGGAUAUCGAUCCCUCGACAUUUUCUGAAUAGUGUUAGAUCCUCAGAAGGACCCUCAAAUUUGUAUGUAUUUGUUUAUAUUGAAUUAAUUUAUUUCAUUUUGUAAAUGUCAAUAGGUAUUUUUAUAUUACAUAUACAAGGUUAUUGCAACAUGCACAUCGAGAAACACGUUUACAGUUGCUCAUAACUAUGUAUUUGUUUGAAACACUGUGCUUUUUUUUUUCUUUUUUUUUUUUAAAGUGUAAGGUUGAUUUCAGAUUUGCCUCUGCGAGUCAUUUAGUGAAAACCCAAGCAAGCUGCCACCAUGACAGGUCAUUACGGCAUGUACAUGAUUUUUUCUCAGCGGCGUCUACUAGCUGCAGAGCUUCCGUUCACUGAGGCAUGACAGUGUUGUGUUGAUCCGCUCGUGCAUAGACACAUUACCACAUCCAUGUCUCUGUCCAGACUUUUCCAUCAAUAAAACAACUGACAUCAAAAA